AUGGCUUCGGCACCGUCGGACAACGGUCAUGGCCGCGUCGUGCCCCUGCGUGUCAUCGUCUGUGGCGUCCACCGCACGGGAACCGCCAGCCUGCGUCGCGCCCUAUGGCAGCUAGGCUUUCACGACUGCUACCACAUGCAUUCACUCCAGCAGAACCUGUCAGACCACCCCCAGAGCUGGAUCCGGGCAUUGCAAGCGAAGCGUGCUGGCAGCGGAACCUUUGACAAGGCGGACUGGGACCACCUCCUAGGGCACUACCAGGCCACCUGUGAUUUGCCCGCCGCCCUGUUCAGCGUCGAGCUGGCCAAGCACUACCCGGAGGCCAAGGUCGUCAUCCUCAACCGCGACCCUGGGAGGUGGUACGAGAGCGUGCUCCAAACCGUUGACGUCGUUGUCAAGCCAGGCUCCCUGCUCGAUCGCUUGACCGACUUGUACUGCUACGCCUUGGACCCCCAGAGGCGACACUGGAUCAAUUUUCUCCGUCUCCUCUUCAGCGCCGACCUGGGCUUCGACCACCGGGCCGAGAAGGAAAAGGCGGUGAGCUGGUUCAGCGGCCAGUACGAGGAAUUCCGGCAUGAGAUUCCCGCCGAACGAAGAAUUGAGUACCAGAUCCGUGACGGAUGGAAACCGCUCUGUGACCAUCUCGGCGUUCCCGUACCCAUGAUCCGCAACGAAAUGGGCGAGCUCGUCGAAGCCCCUUUUCCGCAUGUCAACGAGCGCGAUACGUUUGCCAAGGAUAUCAAGAAUCUGCAACGGCAGUCGGUCACACGCGCCACCGCCAACAUCAUGGCAGUCGUGGGCAAUAUCGCUGUCGCAGGGGCCUGCGUGUACGGCAGUUUGCUGCUGUGGGACCGGAUUUGCGCAUGA